AUGGUCUCGCGAUCAUGGCUCGCCUUUGCGUUGCUGGCAUCGCAUGCCUUCGCAGCGCAGCCAAAUGCACCCGAACCUCUCGAGGCCCCUCUACGCGACCUGAAAUACGGUCAGCUCAACUUCUUACACACCACAGACACACACGGCUGGCAUGCUGGGCAUUUGCUUGAGCCGUCGUUUAGUGCAGACUGGGGCGAUUACGUUGACUUUGCUGCGCGAUUAAGAGAGAAGCUGGAAGGAGAAGGACGAGACUUGCUGUUGAUUGAUACCGGUGAUCGCAUUGAGGGAAACGGAUUGUAUGACGCUUCCGACCCCAAAGGCCUGUUCACGUUCGACAUCUUCCGCGCGCAACAUAUGGACAUUAUCUGCUCCGGCAACCAUGAGCUAUAUCAGCAGAACUCAUCCGAGAAUGAAUACUUGAUCACCGCUCCUGCAUACGCAGACAGCUACCUGGCCUCGAACAUUGACAUCCUCAAUCCUACCACCGGAGAGGUUGUCCCUCUGGCACCUAGAUACAAAAAGUUCACCACAAGACUGCAAGGAAUACGAAUCAUGGCAUUCGGAUUUUUAUAUAAUUUUGACCGAAACUACAACAACACAAUUGUACAGAGGGUGGAACAAACCAUACAAGAAGAUUGGUUUCAGCAAGCUAUCCGUGACCGGGACAUUGACUUGUUUGUGGUCAUUGGACAUUCUGCAGUCCGCUCCGAAGAGUUCGACAUGAUCUUUAGGGCUAUUCGCUCAGUCCAAUGGGAUACACCUAUUCAGUUCUUCGGCGGACACUAUCACAUCCGCGACUACCACAAGUUCGACAGCAAGUCGUACGGUCUGGCGAGCGGCCGAUUCAUGGAGACCAUUGGAUUCCAAUCCAUCGAUGGCCUCUCCUCGAAAAACAGCGCCAACACUUCGCCAACUUUCUUUCGAAGAUUUAUCGACAACAACCUUUAUUCCCUGUAUCAUCACUCCGGCCAUAACGCGUCGACCUUCCAUUCUGAGCGAGGUCGAAACAUUACCAAAGCCAUCGAGGAGGCUCGAGACGCGCUCAGCCUUGAUGAGACAUUCGGAUGCGCAAAGAGAGAUCUAUGGAUGAGCCGCGCCAAAUAUCCCAGUAACAGCAGCAUCUUCAGCUGGCUCGAAGAGCACGUGUUUCCCGGCGUUGUGAACGAUACCCGGCGUGGCGAUCGACCAAGACUGAUCAUAUCCAAUACGGGAGCCAUUCGCUUUGAUAUUUUCAAAGGCCCUUUCACCAAGGACUCUACAUUUAUCGUGUGUCCUUUCACCAGCGGUUUCCACUAUCUCAAAGACGUGCCCUACAAUAGAGCGCGGAAGCUCAUUUUCCUCUUGAACAGAGCCGGCGAGAUAUUCGAAACCUCCGACCCUUCGCUGGCGGCAUGGAAGAUGUCUCCUCCCCACCAACUGGGUAUACCGGAAGAUAUUGUUGUUCCGGAGCAAUUGCCACCGGACCACCCAUUCGGCAACAGCCAGACUCCGAUCUUAGGAUCCGUCGACAGAGCCCUUACUCCCGGCUACACUACAGUGGACGAUGCAGGUGACGACGGGGACGACACCAUCCAUUCGCCCAUAUCGUUUUACCGCGUGCCAAACUGCAUCCAGUCGGUGGUCAACCCGCGAGAUAUUGACUUGAAGGAUGAAGUGGUGGAUGUCGUGUUCAAUGAGUUCAUUCAGCCGUGGAUCCUGCUAGGGUUGAGGUUCUUAGGUCUCAACUAUUCCGACGAAGAUGUGGACAAAUAUGCGCCUGACGAUAAUAUGACAACUCUUAUCGCGAAGUGGGUUAGGACAAAUUGGGCGGACAACUGUUGA